AUGAAUUGGUCUAUCGAGCGCGAGAAUAACGUUUACAUGGCCAAGCUUGCCGAGCAGGCCGAGCGCUAUGACGAGAUGGUUCAAUACACCAAGGAAGUUGCCAAGAUGGGUGUUGAAUUGACCGUCGAGGAGCGCAACUUGUUGUCUGUUGCCUACAAGAACGUGAUUGGUGCCCGCCGUGCUUCAUGGAGAAUCGUCUCUUCUAUCGAACAAAAGGAAGAGGGCAAAGGCAACUCGGCCCAGGUUGAAAAGAUCAAGGCUUAUCGUCAAAAGAUUGAACAAGAACUUCAAGAUGUCUGCUCUGAUAUCCUUAAUGUGCUCAAGGACAACUUGAUUCCUAAUGCCCAAGGUGGUGAAUCCAAGGUCUUUUAUUACAAGAUGAUGGGUGAUUAUCAUCGUUAUCUUGCCGAGUUCCUUACUGGUGAUGCUCGUCGUGAAUCUGCUACUCAAGCACAUGAAGCUUACAAGACUGCUACCGAUGUUGCUCAAACCGAGUUGGCUCCUACCCAUCCUAUUCGUCUUGGUCUUGCUCUCAACUUUUCCGUGUUCUACUACGAGAUCCUCAACUCGCCCGAUCGCGCUUGUCACUUGGCCAAGCAAGCUUUUGAUGAUGCCAUUGCCGAAUUGGAUACCCUCUCCGAGGAAUCUUACAAGGAUUCUACUCUCAUCAUGCAGCUCUUGAGAGACAACUUGACCUUGUGGACUUCUGAUUUGCAGGAUGAUGCUGACAAGGGCGAGGAGUCCAAGGGUGAUGCCGCUGAAGAAUCAAAGUAG